CUCAACCCGCCCGCGCAGAGGAAUUAGCGCCGCUGCUGCGCUUCCCGGGCGGUGGUUGCUGGUUGGUUCUUGGUUGGGUUACUUGCUACCAGGAGGAGAGGAGUACUUGGUUUGCGAGGGUGGGGAAGAGAGAGACGGGGCCGUGGACUUGGCGCGGGGGUUGGGUGGGUACGCGAGUCUGACCGCGUGGGCGUUGGUCACACAAGCGAGGUUCGGGAAAGCGAGACGACACAGCGCGGGCGGAGUGGAGGGCGCCGGUUUCCGCCGCGUUGCUCCUCCUCCUCCUCGUUCUUCCUCGGGUCAGGUCCACGCGGCGGCGGCGGCGGGGCAACACUGCCGCAGCACACCGUGGGGUGGGGAGGAGAGGACUGUGCGCAAAGGGGGGAGCCGAGAGCUUCCGCUGUCUGUCUGCUGCUUCCUGCCGCAACGACGUGCCCCCUUUUCUCGUCGAUCCGUCAGUGCUGAGCACGAGCUGCAACUGGCUUCACAUUGGGGUUCCAGGGCGGCCACAGGAUUUGGUGCAUGGGGGUCUCCGCCAGCUGCUUGUGGGGUGGCUCCGACUCGAGGCGAAACCAAAAUGGUUCUGCCGCGGUGACGUCUCCUCGUUCAGGUCAAGUAAUAUCAAGAGCUGGAAGUAAUGUACGUGUCUUCUCCCUAAAGGAGUUGAGGCUUGCCACUCGAAACUUUCACAUGAUGAACUGCAUUGGCCGUGGGGGUUUUGGAGCAGUGUAUAAGGGAAACCUGAAAGAUGGCUGUCAAAUUGCAAUAAAAAAAUUGUCGGCUGAAUCAAAACAAGGCACAAAUGAGUUCUUGACAGAGAUAAAUGUCAUAUCAAAUGUCAGGCACCCCAACCUCGUAAAGCUAAUUGGUUGCUGUGUUGAAGGUACUAACAGACUAUUGGUCUAUGAAUAUGCAGAGAACAAUAGCUUGGCACAUGCUUUGCUUGGACCAAAGAGUAGAUGCAUUCCAUUAAACUGGCAAAAAAGAGCAGCUAUUUGUGUUGGAACUGCUUCUGGCCUUGCAUUUCUUCAUGAGGAAGCACAGCCACGCAUUGUUCAUCGUGACAUCAAGGCCAGCAACAUUUUACUUGAUAAAAAGCUACUUCCUAAAAUUGGAGAUUUUGGACUGGCAAAGCUUUUUCCUGACACCAUUACUCACAUUAGCACACGUGUUGCUGGAACAAUGGGUUACUUAGCACCAGAAUAUGCCUUGUUGGGACAGUUAACCAAGAAAGCAGAUAUAUAUAGCUUUGGGGUCCUUGUUCUUGAAGUGAUAAGUGGUCAAAGCAGUAGUAAAUCGACUUGGGGGCAUGAUAUGCAUGUCCUUGUGGAAUGGACUUGGAAGCUUCGAGAAGAAGGAAGGCUUUUGGAAAUUGUUGAUCCAGACCUGGAAGAGUACCCAGAGGAGGAAAUUCUCCAUUUCAUCAAGGUGGCACUACUGUGCACCCAGGCCACGUCCCAGCAGAGGCCAUCAAUGAAGCAGGUGGUGGAUAUGCUAUCUAACCCAACAGAAAUCAAUCUGGAGAACUUAGUAGCACCAGGUGUGCUGAAAGAACCCCGUCAUCAUUCAAGUAGUUCAGGGGGUUUGACACUGGACACGUCCUCAAAUAGAAGCACCAAAGCCAAUCCAGCUGAGUCCUACAGCACACAGACUAGAGACAUGAACAGUUAUCAGCUGAGCACGAUUGAGGUGUCGCCUAGGUGACACGGUACACUGUCCUCUUCCAAUGCCAGAUUCAGAGGGUUCCCACACUGUCAGAUUUUGAUGUGCUGACCGCUGAGUGCUGACAGAGUUUUACUUAAAGCCCUGAUCCACAUGCGUCCGGAAUUCCGGAUUGAGGAAAUACACAGGAUGUGAUGGGCAUUUCUGUGGGUUACUGUUGUACAGAAAUUGUAGUUAUACUUUGACAAAGGAUAUCACAUGUUUAUCUACUUGUGUUGGGAUGCAUUGCCAGAGUAGUGGUGUCUUCAAACACCCCAAGAAACUUCACCGUUCAAAGACUGGUGAAAAAACAAGGGUUCAGAGUAGUCACUUGAUGACAAUAAGACGUGAAUUAGGUUUAA